GGGGGAAGGCGGACUGGGACCACAAGUGUCUGGCAGUGUGGACUGGGGCCUUGUCACUGAGGCAGAGUCGCUUCUGGGCCCUGAGGUAGCUGCCCCAUGCUCUGCUGGGCACGGUACCAUGUUCCUACGUUUCCUUUUGCUGCUGACCAUCUUAGGCCCUGGCAACAGCCUUCCGCUGUGGGACUCUUGGGGCCACGAAACCAAGGAAGCCUUGAGCCCUGUGCAUCUCCGGGAACGGAGACAGGUGGUUGGGGAUGAAGAUUUUGAUGACCCUGACUAUAUGUAUACCACAGAUCCCCCAGAACUGCUGAAAAAUGUCACCAACACUGUGUCUGCUCACCCUAAGCUUCUGUCCACGACGGCCAUGCAAGAGCAGAGCGUUCCCAUGGAGGCUGGAACCUCUGAGACAGCCACUGUGAAGGUUGCCACCACUGGUCCUGCUGGCCCAGAUGCAGGAAGGCCAGCUGUUGGGAUGCUGAGCACAAAACCUGCCACACAGUGGAGUCUAACCACAGGGGAGACGACCAUCCAACCGGCAUCCACAGAGGCAGAGACCUCUCAGCCAGCAUCCCCAAUGGCAGAGACCCCUCAGCCAGCACCCACGGAGGCAGAGACCUCUCAGCCAGCACCCACGGAGGCAGAGACCUCAAAGCCAGCACCCACGGAGGCAGAGACCUCAAAGCCAGCACCCACGGAGGCAGAGACCUCAAAGCCAGCACCCACGGAGGCAGAGACCACCCAGCUUCCCAGGAAUCAGGCUCUAGAAAGUCUGUUUACAACAUCUGCAGCCACAGAAGCUCCUUCCACAGAACCCACUGCCACGGAGACGGCGUCCACAGCGUCUACCGCCUUCCUUGGGUUAUCCGUGACUCACAAGGACUUUGGUCACUUACCUGACAGUGGCCUGAAGAAAGGGCUGAUCGUUACCCCUGGGAGUUCGCCGGCACCAGCCCCAACCCCACCAGGGACCUCGGACCUCAUCCCCGUGAAGCAAUGCCUGCUGGUUAUCCUCAUCUUGGCGUCGCUGGCCACCAUCUUCCUGGUGUGCACAGUGGUGCUGGCGGUCCGCCUCUCCCGGAAGACCCACACGUACCCAGUGCGGAACUACUCCCCUACGGAGAUGAUCUGCAUCUCGUCCCUGCUACCUGAGGGGGGCGACGGAGCCCCUGCCACGGCCAAUGGAGGCCUGUCCAAGGUCCAGAACCUAAAGACAGAGCCCAGUGGGGACCGAGAUGGGGAUGACCUCACCCUACACAGCUUCCUCCCUUAGCCUCCCCCGCCCCACCCACCUGAGCGCGACCCUUGCUGGCUCCAUGCUCACCCACAGGUCACCAAGGCCAUAGAUCUGGACUUCCUAGAUGAAAGUUAUCCACAGGAGUCUUUAGGGAAGGGGCCUUGGACCCCUCCAAUCACAGUCCAGAGACCCCAAGGUCCUGAACUUCCUGCUUUGUUCAUAGAUCCUGGUGUCCUCCAGCUAUAGUUAACUGGACUGUACAGUGUUAGUUAAGGUUCUCAACCUGUUUUCUGUUUUGUCUGGAAUCCCCUUCCCCAGUUCCUCCCACCGCUGGCUGCGUGCCUCCCUGUAGGUCACUGGAUUCCUGUCCUUACAUCCUCAAGAAAGACUCAGUUCCCUUAUCCCACUCCCAAAGCCAUCUUCUUGGUCACCAUGGUUACCUGAUAAGAAGGAAGCAAGCACUGGGGGGAGGCCACCUUGUCUGCUCCUCUGUCCCCAGUGAGGGACAGCUUGGCUUUCCCAGGCCCCAGGCUUGGAGGGAUGAUUCCUUCCUUUGGGUCUGUGUGAACCAGAGUUUCUAUCCAGUGACAAAGUGACCUCACACUGCAGCCUGGCCCAGCACAGGCACCCAAUAAAUAUAUGAUAAUAGA